CAGAUCACGUGAUCGCCUACUAUGUUGAAGGCUUGGGCAAGGAGUUGCUUGUCAAGGCCGGCUUGUAGUCGUCUGUUCUCGGCACAUCGGCGUCUCUACGCGGGAGCUGAAUUUGUGGUCGGUUUUCAAAAUUCUAGUUGACAUUUGGUUGGCUUCCUUUAUCUGCAAUGCACAAAGUAGCUGAAGUUCUUGGUAUGUCAAGGAUGAGAGUGUAUGAAGUGGCAACAUUCUACACAAUGUUCAACAGAAAUCCAAUCGGGAAAUAUCAUAUAGAAGUGUGCACCAUAACACCUUGUAUGUUGUGUGGAUCUCAGCAAAUACUCGACACCGUACGAAACAAACUCGGAAUUGACAUUGGUGAGACUACUGAUGAUGGGAUGUUUACUCUAUCAGAAGCAGAGUGUUUAGCUGCAUGUGUGAAUGCUCCUAUGAUGAUGAUAGGAGAUGAUUAUUAUGAGGAUUUGACACCUGAACUUACUGAAGAAAUCAUAGAUUUGUUUGCUAAAGGACAACGGCCAAAACCAGGACCAAGGGGUCGUUUUGCUGUGGAACCUCAUGGUAGAUUAACAUUAUUAACAGAACCUCCAACUGACCCUGGAUUUGGAGUUCGAGAUGAUCUGUGACUUGUAAAACUGAACAGAAUAUGUAAGGUCUGUCUCUAGCACUA